GGCAGGACCCAGACGCGGAGUGGCGGGAGAUGGGCGGUGCUGGGGAGUCAGGGAGGCUCGCCCCGCCCUGAAGGCGGUGCCCGAGCGGGCCUGAGGUAGCCCUGGGCCGGCGCAGCACCGACGGCUGGCAGAGAGCUCUGCGGAGGGCCGGGUGGUGUGCUCCCGGGCGGAGCCGAGUCCGCGGGACUCGGGAGCGGAGCGGGGCGGGGCCGUCGAUCGGUCAGCCGCGCAGCUCGUUCAGGUGCCGGGGCUGCUCCACGUAGCCCGGCGGCCGGCCGGCUAGGGCACACCGACCUCGGCCCGCGGCUGUCGUUAGCCCAAAGCCGGGCCCUUGCGUCCCAGGACUCCUGCGGAGCCAUGGCGGGCCCUGGCCCGGGAGAUCAGGACGAACACUACGAUUUCCUGUUCAAGCUGGUGUUAGUGGGCGACGCGAGCGUGGGCAAGACGUGCGUGGUGCAGCGCUUCAAGACCGGCGCCUUCUCCGCGCGUCAGGGCAGCACCAUCGGUGUCGACUUCACCAUGAAGACGCUGGAGAUCCAGGGCAAGCGGGUCAAGCUGCAGAUUUGGGACACAGCUGGCCAGGAGCGGUUCCGGACCAUCACUCAGAGCUACUACCGAAGUGCCAAUGGAGCCAUCCUUGCAUACGACAUCAGCAAGAGGAGCACCUUCUUGUCAGUGCCUCACUGGAUUGAGGAUGUGAGGAAGUAUGCGGGCUCCAACAUCGUGCAGUUGCUGAUUGGGAACAAGUCAGACCUUGCUGAUUUCCGGGAGGUCCCGCUGGCGGAGGCACAGAGCCUGGCAGAACACUAUGACAUCCUCUGUGCCAUCGAGACCUCUGCCAAGGACUCCAGCAACGUGGAGGAGGCCUUCACCAGAGUAGCCACGGAACUCAUCAUGAGGCACGGAGGCCCCAUGUUCAGUGAGAAGAGCACUGACCACAUCCAGCUGGACAGCAAGGACAUUGUGGAGAGCUGGGGCUGUGGGUGCUGACUGGGGGGGCAGGGCAGGCAGGCGAAGACCUCCCCUCCUCCUUUGUCUCCAGCCUGUCAAGCCCUACCCUUCAGAGUCAGCCCUCCAGGGCACUGGCUUCUCUAGAUGGAUUCUGCACCCCUGGCCUGGAUGCUAGGUAGGAAGGGAGAUGUGAUGCAGGGUAUCCUGUGUAGAGGGCUAUUGGCCCAGGGCAGAAUGUGGACCAUCCCACCAGCCAGCAUCUGCUCCCUCCAUGUUCUUCACAUUCCAGGACUAGCCUGAGCCUUCCAGCAUAGACUGUGGUGGGAAAUGGGCUGGCUGUGCUGCCCAGCCUCCUUGUGCUGGUUUUGACUUCUCCUGCCUUGACUGCUGCAGACGUGCAGCGAGUUGCUGCUCUCCAGGGAUGUGGCUGGUACCCCAGGUUCUUCCAGGUCAUUCUCCUGCCUCUUACCAAAGUGUAAAAAGCACAUCAAUUAGACCAACAGACUGGUGCCGAGCCUUGUUCCAGGGAAGCCUGAGCUCACCAGGUGGAAUCAGCUUCUCUGUCUUCACUGCCAGCUUGGAGCUCUAAGCUCCCUGGGCCUGGCUUGUUGCCAUACCAAGACCUCUCAGAUGUUUCUGCUUUUCCAUGUAUCAUCUCAUUUUCACUGACCCAAUUGUAGGGUCAUGGCCAGGGGCCAACUGGGAACUGUCUCUGGGCUUAAGGCCCAAAAUGUUGCCAGUCAGGUCGCAAAAGCAGCUAAUCUUGCAGUGUGGUUGAGGGGUGAGAUAGGAAAGUGAAGGUUUAAGGAAAAAGGAGCAGCUUGUAAGAGGCAGCUCGCGGGUAGGUAGAGCACAUGCUUAGCACACACCAGGCCCCGAGUUCAGUCCUCAGCCAUGAAAACAACGAAACUGCAGUUUCUGGUGUGUCCCUGAGGUUGAGGGCCCUGUGGACAACAGCCUUGACAUCCACAUAUAGAGAAGCUUUCCCUGCCACUGUCCAGAGCUUCUAGUUCCUUGUGGUCCUGGUCUGGUUUACACUUUCAAAGCAAAAAGGAUGAGCGCCCACUGCCCCGAGAUCUGCCUGCCUUAAUGGGUGCUUCCUGCUGGGGUCAGAAGGAGUUGUGCCCUGCCUCUGCCCUCCCGCUGGCAUCCUACCCUUGCCUCCCAUCUCAAGCAUUCUGGUCUGUCAGCACCUUUCCUAGGGAGAUCUGGCCACAGGGCGGGAAGCAGCACUUUGCAACAACUACGCAGCAGCCCAUGGAGACAGAACUGUGGUGAACUAGAUAAACGGGGCUCCACUCACUGGGCCUCUUCAGGUAGGAGGCAGCCUGUGCAUUAGCUGAGCCUGGCUCUGAUGGGAUGGAAGGUGGCCUGAGUGCUUCUCAGGUGGGGACCAUUGUGGCUGUACAGGGUUGGAACUGCAUGGUCCCAAAGGCUGGACACCAUGAAGCCUAUAAGUCUUUCUUAACCCGUAAGACAUGAUCCUUUUGGGGGGUGGCAAUGACCUUUUCACAGGGGUCACCUCUCAGAAAACAGCUGACUGCCUUCCUUUCCUGGGCCUGAUGCAGUUGAGAGGGUUCUGCUUGCUGGUUUCAGUUGGCUCAAACUCCUUUCGGGGAGAGCUGGUUCCUUCCCUGACCCCUUCCCUGCAGAGCCUGACCCCACCCAUGGGUGGAUAGUACCCAACACUGAGAGUGCCCCUUGCACUGCACAUGGUUUCCAGAGCCAUCUGGCACCUGUGGUUCCAUGAGAAGAUCCUGUGGGGUUAUAAUGUCUCCAGGGCCAGUCAGGAAGGCAGCCCUGGCCUCUCUCAAGGCUCUGCUCUUUUGCUGGGUGGUGAGGGAGUUUGCCAGGUCUUAGGUCCGAGUCUGGUGUUCAAAUAGAAGUCCCACUUUUAGGAUGUGUCUGUCUGUCUGAGUUUGGAUACUGACCUGCCAUAGCUACCCACUACUACCCAGCAAGCCUUGCUCUUUAGCGAUACCAGUGUUGAGCCCAGCAGGACAUUAGGGUUCUUCUGUACUUAGGGCCUAGAGGAGGGAGGUCGGAGGCCUUUUGCUUCAGAGCUCUACCCUUUCUUUCACAAGAUGGCAACUGACUGGUGAUGGGGCUCACGUGCCACCCUGGGCCACGAGCCCACUUGCCAGCCUCCAAGGGCUGGAGGGCAUGAAGCUCAUAAGGCAGUGUUGCUUAACCUGUGAGUCUCGACCCCUUGAGGGGACUCAAAAGACUUUGUCACAAGGGUUGUUGCCUGUUAGAAAAUGCAGAUACUUACAUCACAAUUCACAAUUAGCAAAAUUACAGUUCAGUAGGUACGAAAAUAAUGUUGUGGUUUGGGGUCACCACACCAUGAGGGCUGAAUUUAGAAGACUGCCAGAAGGCCUAACCUGGAGUAGAGCAGCACUCAGUCAGCCCUGCUUGGCCAGGGAGCCUUCUUUACCCAGCAACCAGGAAGAUUUUUUUUUUCUCUCUCCUAUCACAGGAAGAUAACCUCACUUCCCUUUCACAAUCCCUGAGUGUGGAUGAGGCCCUGCCCUGUGCCCUUAAAAGUAGGAGCAGCCCUACCCUAAGAAUUUAGCAUAAGCGCCAGUCAUUCUUGAGCCCUGCACUCCCCCAACCCUACCAUGGAAACACCCUACUGUCUCACUUUGCAGGUUCCAGUUCCACUGCCAGGUGCAGGUCUGGAAGGCCAUGCCCAGGGCCCUCAGCCAGUGGGGAUGACCCUGGCCUCCACAGCCUGCCCACCUCUCUGCUCACUGUCAUGUCUAGGGCCAUCGUGACCCCUCUCCCAGAUCUCUCAGCCAACCUGCCUUCUUACAGCACAGAAUCCCACAAGUGACCCAAAACACACAUCUUUGAGGGGAGACAGGCCCUCCUCAGCCACAGGCCUUAUCCGCAGCAUCCUGGCAAGGAUGAAUUCUUCCCUUGACCCCCAAAUUCUGUGGCCUGGGAGGACCCUGAGUCCUGGACUGAAGCUGGCUUCCAUGGAGAAGCUGCGGCCAUCCCUUCUAAACAGUAGUGCCAUGGCUCUGGCCCUCUGCUGAGGCACAGUGCUCAGAGAGAGAGAGACCUUUGGGCCUUUGGCAGAAGGUGCCCAGGGCUUGAGGACCAGAAAAUAAGCAAGUGCGAGAGUCUAGAAACAAAACCAGCUGCUUCCCUUCUCCCUGGGCAGGCUUGGCUGGCUGCCAACAGCCUCCUGGGGCCUCUGGGGCAACCGAAGUUUAAUCUCUUCCCUUGUUUGAAGAGUUAGUGAACAGCAGGAACAGGUGGAGGUUGGUGCUGUUGGGGAGGAAGUACUCACAGAAGGGCUGGUGGGGCUAGGGUGGCUGGGGCAGGAGUGAGGUCUGCCCACUAAAGGUACUAGAGGAGAGGAUUCCAGGCCCCAACUGGAGGGGUUACCCUGUCCCAGGAUACUGCCAGCAGUGGGCUUCUAGCCAAACUCACCCCUGCAGGGCCUAGGCAGGGGCAGAAUUGCCAGCCCAAGGAUGCCAUGCACAUUGGGGAAAUUUUCACAUUACCUAUUUAUGAAUAUGUAAGUCUUUCUAUCAAAUCUAUUUUUGAAACAUGAAAAGUUGCCUUUCUGGAUAUGUCAGAGCCAGUGUACAAUUCAACCAUUAAACAUUUCUGUACUGA